AUGGGCUCUCCCCCGCUUUCUGGCUCUGUGGCAAAGUACUCUACACCUAAGAAGGUCAGGAUUCAGGGGGCCAUUGAUUUCCUGGAAGCAAAAGGCAUACCACACCACAAAAAUGACAUUUUUCGAUUCUAUGGUGCAAGCCGUCGGUCUGGCUGGCGCGCCCUGGCCGAACCCCGCGAAUUCGAUGGCCGUAGGCUCGGCCAUACUAUUCUUCGCCCAGAGCAACGUGGCCGGCCAAGUAAGCUUUCUGCCAGCGAGUUUGCCGUAAUCGAGCGCUUUAUCGACAACAAUGGGUUCGAUGGCCAUACGGUUCCAUGGGCAGGGCUCCCUGCAGCUGCAGGGCUUGAUGUGGACGUUUGCCGAGAGACUGUUCGGCGCGCAGUCAAGGAUUUGAACCUUCGAAUAUUACGCCCGGUUAUGCUAGAACGGUACCCAGACCCAGCGGACUGGCGGCACAUUCGGUUUUCUGACGAAUGCCACUUUGGCUGGGGUCCUCAGGGGAAAAAAGAAAUGCCCGCUGAGAAGGAUAUGAAGCGUAUACACUGUUGGGCUGCAGUUGGAUAUGACUUCAAGUCGUCGCUUACCUGGUACGACGUGCCAGGUAAUUCCAACGGCAAGAUGUCUAUGCAGGUCUAUAGGGACCAUAUCCUUGAGCCUGUGGUUGGUGGUUGGCUUCGCGAAGGCCAGUCGUUUGUUCUUGAGGAGGAUAACGACUCUGGCCACGGCACAAGCAAGAGCAAUAUCGUCAGGACCUGGAAGAAGACCAACGGCUUGGACUACUUUUUUAACUGUGCUUCAUCUCCAGACUUCAGCCCCAUUGAAAAGGCAUGGCAGGGGUCAAAAGAGUAUGUAAAGAAGAGGCCUUGUUGGGAGGAUGACGUGGUCAAGGAGCUUGCCGAGGAAGGCUGGGCCGCAGUCAAACAGGAAACUAUCAACGGUUGGGUGGAUGAGAUCCCUCAAAUCUUCAAGGAAUGUUCAGAAUUAGAAGGAGGGAUGACAGGCAAUUAGUUUGAACUGUUUUGGAGCUGUUUUGGUGGUGUUGUUAUGAUAGAAGUUUGGUGUGGUUGAUUUUGGUGUGCCUUGUUUUUUGUUGCCAUGGUGGGCUACCUAGCCUUUGGUUCGGUUUUCGGAGGAAAAGUAACGGAGGACAGAUAAACAAAAAUACCUACCCUGCUGUGGUG